AUGAAGCCUCUGACAUCCCUCACCCUCCUUGCCUGUGGCUUCUUUAACCCUGUAACAAACAUGCACAUGCCCAUAUUUGAACUGGCAAGAGAUCACCUUCAUCAAACAGAUCAGUACCAGGUGACUGGAGGUAUAAUUUUACCUGUUAACAAUAACUAUGGAAAGCAAGGAUUGGUCUCAGCGAGACAUCAGAUAGAAAUGGCUCGGCUUGCACUAGAGAUGAGAGUAGACGCUUGGGAGAGUGAGCAGGAACAGUGGAGCGAGAAUGUAAAGGUGCUGAGGCACCAUUACAAAGAACUGCUUAAAUCACCUAUCAGGAAACUGCCUGGGGAAAACAAUCGGCCUAUAGAAAAAGCUGCUGGGGCAUCACUGGCUUCCUCUCUCACGGUUUUUCCAGAGCUAACAAUUCUUUGUGGAGUUGAUGUUCUGAAGAUGUUUCAAAUACCUAACCUGUGGAAAGAAGGACACAUUUGAGAAAUAGUAGCCAAGUUUGGGCUGGUUUGUGUUAGUCAUGCUGGCAGUGAUCCUUCUUGGUAUAUUUAUGAAUCAGAGCUAAAAUGUUUAAGCAGAUAUCAACAUAAUAUUCACUUGGUCAAAGAGUGGAUUCCAAAUGAAAUCCGUGCCACAAAUAUAAGACGUACCUUGUGCAAAGGACAAAGUGUGAAAUACCUGGUUCCCGACUUUGUUAUUUCGUAUAUUAAGGAAUACAAUAUAUAAGAAGACAGUGAACGGGAUAAUGAAGGGAACCUGCUACAGCCUCUUAAGCAAAUGAGUGGUUACCCACUUCAGGGAGUAGAUUGA